AUUAAAUUCCAGCAUUUAUGACGAUCUUCGUAAAGAUCGUCCCGUGGAGAUUCGCCCUUAUAAACAUCUUCCGUGCGCAACUCACUCCGCCAUAUUUGUUGACAUUUUUGGACAUUGUUACGGCCGCCGAAAAAGACUGAAACGUUGUUGCUAUUACGCUUUUCAAGAAAAGACUCACAUAUACAUCUGUUUAGAUGUGCAUGUAGAAAAAUGAAUGUUGAGGCUGAUAUAUUUUUCUCCUUUAUUUAUUUGGUCGUUGUUCUAUGCUUUAUCCUACCACCAAAGGAAUUUGCAGCAGCUGGGUUGACAAUUCAGAACUUGUUCUCAUCUUACCUUGGCAGCGAGGAUGUUGAUUUUAUUGGCUAUCAUAUUAGGAGAACUUGGGUAACAGUUGUAGUACAUUCACUGCUGCCAGUAGUGUACUACAUUGGCUUGACAGUUGUAUCUCCAGAAUUGCAGCUUUUCAAGUUUACGCAGUUAUCUUCCUUUGCCUUACUGUUCGCAUUGUGUUGUUUUGGUGCGGCUUUAUGUGGUCUAGCAUUGGGACUCUUAUGGACUUACUCUAAAUAUAACUAUCAUCCACUUGUGAACGAUUUAAAAAAAUAUGGCACACCUUGGAGAGGUGUGGCUGCUCAAAUCAAUCUAGAAUUCAGAAGAUUGGAAAAGUAUUCUUCAAUAAUGGGAGGUACGAGCAUUUACGUCACAGACUCAUGGAUACUCAAGUGCACUGCAUAUAAAGUAUACAUUGCUCAACAAACUGGUUCUCAUUUGUCCAUCUUAAAAAGUGAGGAGUUCCAGUAUAGUCAUGAUACUAAUCAAGCAGCUCAGUAUAUUCACUUAAGUGUUUCAAGUAUUGCACCUCAUGAACAGACAUUUACAUUACAUUUAAAUGCGCUGGAAUACAGGGAGUUAAAAGACCGACUCAAUGCACCAAUAAGAAAUGUAAGGAGUGUUGUGAUUCAACAAACCAUAAGCGACCGUUUUUUGGAAGCAUUUAAACAACAAGUUUCACACAAUGGUACAAUCGAGAUCCCACAAAUUGGCCAAAAUGAAAUUGAAAACUGUAUUGGCUGCAUGGUUAAAACCGCUAACAUUAAAUUGAUGAAGCGUUGUGGUGAACAGGGCGAUGGAGAGUGUCAACAGUGUUACUGUCGUCCAAUGUGGUGCUUGGAGUGCAUGGGUAGAUGGUUUGCCAGUCGUCAAGAUCAAAAUCUUCAAUCUGGUUGGCUAUCUUCUUUUGCACCAUGUCCUACUUGCAGAGCACAGUUUUGCAUGGCAGACGUUUUUACCAUUUAAAGUGUUUGUACAAGUACCAUGCUGUUUGCUACCGCAUUGUAAUCUUAAAUGAUGAAAGAGAAAAACUGUAAUUAACUGAGGAGACGUCAUUUGGAUGUCACCUUUUUGAUUACGAAAAACAAAAUAAAUAUGUUUUGUUCACUUGUUUAAGAAGACCGACACAAAGUGGUAUGACUAAUCACUUCUUUUUCUAAUUAUCUCAAACCAUAGAUUGCUGUAAUUCUUUUAUCUGAGUAGAACAUUACUAAACAAGAAUCUUGACAAGUGGUUGGCUAUUAGCGAUAAGUACGUGUUAAGAGGGAAAGCAAAAAUUGUCAAUGUGCAUGUACAAUAUGAUAUUAUGGGUAGAUUUUAUGAUUUAUAAAUAGUUAGUGAUAUUCAACCUUUGAUGUUAACAUAACAUUUUUCAAGAAAUAUUUUUUGUUUACGAAACUUAUUAUGUUUGGUUGUUGAAGAUAUUUGACUACAAUA